UUAAGUCACUAUCCAUUUCCCUAAAUGGGAAAUAUUGUUCCUUCUAGUGUCACCCCAUCCCUAUUAUUUUCUCUGUUCUUCUUGUGGUUGAUCAUGGCAAAGAUCGAACAAGUCUCCUCUCUCUCACCUGAUGGACAGGCCCUUCUUUCCCUUAUAUCUUCAGCUGACCCUUCCGCAAAAUCCUCCUCUUCUGUUCUCUCUUCAUGGAACCCAUCAAGCCAAACCCCUUGUUCAUGGCAUGGCGUCACUUGCUCCCCACAAGGCAGAGUCAUUUCAUUAUCUAUUCCAGACACUUUCCUUAACCUUUCCUCUCUGCCUUCCCAGCUUUCUUCUUUAUCAUAUCUGCAACUUCUCAAUCUGUCUUCCACUAAUAUAUCUGGCUCCAUCCCACCUUCUUUUGGCCAACUCUCCCAUCUUCGCCUCCUUGACAUCUCUUCAAAUUCUCUCACUGGUUCCAUUCCUGGAGAACUCGGCAGACUCUCUUCGCUGCAGUUCCUUUACUUGAACUCCAAUGGAUUGACUGGAAAGAUCCCUCAGCAACUUGCUAAUCUUACUUCACUUCAAGUUUUCUGCCUUCAAGACAAUCUCCUUAACGGGUCAAUCCCAUCACAAUUAGGCUCUUUGACAUCUCUACAAGAGUUUCGAAUUGGGGGUAAUCCCUAUCUAAGCGGUGCGAUUCCACUACAACUAGGACUACUCACCAAUCUCACUACAUUUGGGGCCGCAGCCACUGGACUUUCGGGUGUUAUUCCGUCUACAUUCGGGAACUUGAUCAAUCUCCAAACGCUAGCACUUUAUGAUACAGAAAUUUCUGGUUCUGUACCACCGGAGCUUGGUUUGUGUUCUGAGCUAAGGAAUCUAUAUUUGCACAUGAAUAAGCUGACAGGUUCUAUCCCACCUCAACUGGGCAAGUUGCAAAAGCUUACUAGCGUGCUUCUCUGGGGCAAUGCCUUGACUGGGUCAAUCCCUGCUGAGAUUUCCAAUUGCUCAUCACUUGUUGUGUUUGAUGCCUCUGCUAAUGAACUUUCUGGUGAAAUACCACUUGAUUUUGGGAAGCUGAUGGUUCUAGAACAGCUUCAUCUAUCAGACAAUUCUCUCACAGGGAAAAUACCAUGGCAACUGAGCAACUGCACUAAUCUUGCUACCCUUCAGCUUGACAAGAAUCAAUUAUCAGGUACUAUUCCAUGGGAAGUUGGGAGAUUGAAGUCUUUACAGAGUUUUUUCUUGUGGGGGAAUUCAGUGUCUGGAGCCAUACCUGCCUCUUUUGGUAACUGUACAGAACUUUAUGCACUUGACCUUUCAAGGAACAAGCUAACAGGUUCAAUUCCAGAUGAAAUUUUCGGAUUGAAGAAGCUGAGUAAGCUUUUGCUUCUGGGAAAUUCCUUAUCUGGAGAAUUGCCACCAAGCGUUUCAAAUUGUGAGUCUCUAGUACGGUUGAGGCUUGGAGAAAAUCAGCUUUCAGGACAUAUACCAAGAGAGAUUGGCCAACUGCAGAAUCUGGUGUUCCUCGACUUGUACAUCAACCAUUUCUCUGGAAGCUUGCCAGUGGAGAUUGGGAACAUCACAGUUCUAGAGCUUCUAGAUGUUCAUAAUAAUCACAUUACUGGGGAUAUCCCAUCUCAGAUUGGGGAGCUUGUAAAUUUAGAGCAGCUAGAUCUCAGUAGAAACAGUUUGACAGGUGAAAUUCCUUGGAGCUUUGGAAACUUAAGUUAUUUGAACAAGCUGAUUCUCAACAAUAAUUUAAUCACAGGUUCAAUUCCAAAAUCCAUCAGAAAGUUGCAGAAGCUAACUCUAUUGGAUUUGAGUUACAACAACUUCUCUGGUGACAUCCCAACUGAGAUUGGUUAUGUUACAAGCUUAACUAUCAGUUUGGACUUGAUCAAUGCAUUUACAGGAGAAAUCCCCGAGUCAAUCAGCGGUUUGACACAGUUACAGUCACUUGAUCUUUCUUAUAAUUUGCUCCAUGGAGGAAUCAAGGUUCUUGGUUCCCUCACCAGUCUCACUUCCCUAAAUAUCUCCUACAACAACUUCUCCGGUCCUAUCCCAGUAACUCCUUUCUUUAGAACCCUAUCUUCAAACUCAUAUUUUGAGAAUCCCCAUCUUUGUGAAUCCCUUGACGGGACCACAUGUUCUAGUCUGCUUCGAAAAAAUGGUCUAAAAUCUGCCAAAACCAUAGCCUUGAUAUCGGUAAUUCUUGCCUCAGUUACCAUAAUUGUCAUUGCAUCUUGGAUUUUGGUGACACGAAACCACAGGAAUAUGAUUGAAAAAUCUUUGGGGACAUCAUCAUCUGCUUCAGUAGCUGAGGAUUUCUCAUAUCCUUGGACUUUCAUUCCAUUUCAAAAACUAAACUUCAACAUAGAUAAUAUCUUGGAUUGCUUGAAGGAUGAGAAUGUGAUUGGAAAGGGUUGCUCUGGCAUUGUAUACAGGGCUGAAAUGCCUAACGGGGAGUUGAUAGCAGUAAAGAAGCUUUGGAAAGCAAACAAAGAGGAAGAAACUGUGGACUCUUUUGCUGCAGAAAUUCAGAUUCUUGGGCACAUCCGGCAUAGGAAUAUUGUGAGGCUCCUAGGUUACUGUUCUAACAGAAGUGUUAAGCUUCUUCUCUAUAAUUAUAUUCCAAAUGGUAACCUAAGACAGCUAUUGCAAGGAAAUAGGUACCUAGACUGGGAAACAAGGUACAAGAUUGCUGUGGGGUCAGCCCAGGGUCUAGCAUACCUUCAUCAUGACUGUUUGCCAGCAAUCCUUCACAGGGAUGUGAAGUGCAAUAACAUACUUCUAGAUUCCAAGUUUGAGGCAUAUCUAGCAGAUUUUGGUCUUGCCAAGCUGAUGAGUUCACCAAAUUAUCACCAUGCAAUGUCCAGAGUCGCUGGAUCUUAUGGUUAUAUUGCCCCAGAGUAUGGCUACACCAUGAACAUAACAGAGAAGAGUGAUGUGUACAGUUAUGGAGUGGUUUUGCUGGAGAUACUGAGUGGGCGAAGUGCUGUUGAGUCCCAUGUUGGGGGUGGGGUACACAUAGUUGAGUGGAUCAAGAGGAAGAUGGGAAGCUUUGAACCAGCGGUGUCAAUUCUAGACACAAAGCUCCAAGGCCUACCAGAUCAAAUGGUUCAAGAGAUGCUUCAAACUCUUGGGAUUGCCAUGUUCUGUGUGAACUCUUCGCCGGCUGAACGACCCACAAUGAAGGAAGUGGUGGCUCUGCUAAUGGAGGUGAAGAGCCCACCGGAGGAUGUGGGAAAGACCUCUCAGCCUCUAAUAAAACAGUCCUCAACUCAGUGUUAAAUUUCUUCUCUUUUUUAUUUUUCCUUUUUCUUUUUUGUAUUUUUCACUUCCAAUGGGUUAGAGAUUGGUGUUGUUACUGUGGGAACUUUCCGAGUAGAGCUAGAGAAAAUUAUGGUAAUGGAUUCAAACGGCUAUCAUUGUACAGUUUAAGAAAUAUAAGUAUCUGUUUUCUUAUUUGCAUCAUGUGAUCGUGGCAACCAUGCUAUUUCAUGACAUCU